AUGAAACACAACCCUAAGAUUUUGAUGAAAGAGGGCACAAGAGAGUUUUUAAAGUGGUUAGGUUCACAUUUGAGGGCCCCGCUGGAAGGUGAGAGCUCAUACUCAGAUUGGAGGACAUUAGAGGGGUCAGACAAUAUUCCUUCCAUAUCUGAAUAUGCUCUCUAAUGAUGCUGAGGUUUUAUCCGGAUUAAAAGUGUAUGAAGUACCGUAAAUACUUUUUUAAACAUUAAAAGUUUUAAACGUAAUCAUUUCUGAUGUCAGGAUUUCCAAACAGGUGAAACUGUCAGCUUAAUACUUUGUGUAUUAACUUUUUAUGCCCCAAACAAACUGAUAACAAGAAAACUGAAAUCCUCAAGUCAUGGGGGGUUGUGGGUACAUUCAGUCUUCUAGGAAUUUGAAGUUUCCUUUCUAAAGAACCGACGACCUCGUGGUUGACGUUUGAAUAGAAAGCAAAAGUCUUUCCAUCAAUCAAUUUUUUUCGUGUGUGUGUGUAUCAGUGUGUGUAAUGGAAGAUGUGAGUCAGAUAAACUCUUGACUACAUUUCAAAUGUGAUUACGAAGGCACUUUGACUCAGCAAUGGAAAACUUAUCUCUUUCAUGGUGUUUCAUAAGAGGUGUUGCUGCUGGUUUUGCAGAAAAAAUGAUGGACAAACCACAAACUUAUAAGCAAUACUUUUGCAGCUUUUUUACUUUCAAGAGUAAAGUUUACUCUUAAAUAUUUAAAAAGCAGGUCGCAGAAGUAAGCUGUCUUAAAUGAAUGUUUCUCUAUUUUCACUGUCACACAUGUUGCACUUGAAAAGUGUAAAACAGUAUGUUUCAUCUCUUCUAUAUCAUAAACAUGUUUUUCAGGCUUUAAACGAGGAGCCGAUCCAGGGAUGCCUGAACCCACCGUUUUAAGGUGAGGACUGAUUUGGUUUGAGACUUAAUCAUAUUUGUGAUUUCAGAAGAGUCAGCAAAGAAUCGGUGAGAAAUGAGACAUCAGAUUCACACCUCAACACUACAAAGACGUACUUCCUGUAGUUGUGGAUUAUUUGGGUUAACUGUCAGAUAGGUUUACAGUUUUUUUUUUAUAAAACCUGUUUUGGUUUGGCUGUGGGAAAAUGUAGAAAUGUUUGUGCGUUACUUUUAAAGCUAAGGUGUCCGCCAAGCAGUGUGAGAAGCUUCACAAUCUUAACAUGGUCUCCUCUCAAGUAAAGGCUGAAAAAAGGAAAAAAUCUACAUAGGGUGUGUACUUGGGGUGGCAUUAGUGUUUGAGUUGGGGUUUGUUUACAUUCCCUGAAUAAUGUGGUUGUGCUGGCUGACCGCUGCUGUGGUUGAUGGCCAAGUUUAUCCAUCAGUCCUACUGCUGGUUUGGAGCUAACUGAGAUCUCCAGUGGGUAAUAAUAAAAUCCUCAUACAAAUAUCGUUACAAGUAUUUCAGGUGUUUCAAAAUAUAACAAUGAGAAUGAGCUUUGCAGUGAUAACACAUUAGCUUCAUGGAUUUAACCUGAACCUUUAUUUCCUGUCUUUCAGUUUGCUUUGGGGCUGAGGAGCAUCUCCAUCCAACCAGUCCAUCCCUCAUGAAGAUUAUGUGACCCACAGGUGAUUGGGUACCCAAGAAAUGGACAUUUUUUCACUUUCCUCUCCACAAAUCACCCUGCGGGGUUUUGUUUUGCUGCUUUCACUCAUACAGCCAUAUCAACAACACAUAUUUGGAGAGUCUGAAUAAGUGAAACUGACCAGCUGGAAGAGACUCUAUCCUUGAAAUCAGUAAUCUAGACUGGACUACCCAUUUUCUCUUUUGUGUUUGUUUGGGGGAAUGUUUGACAGCAGUGUUUGGAUAAACCAUUCAUUCCAUGUUUUUCUUCUUUUUAUUUGUUAUUUAAAAUAUUUGAAAUAAACCCACAGAGAAAUACCAGCCUCUGUCUCGGACUCUGUUUGCCAUGAUGAUGCACAGCAACCAAGCUGCAUCUUCUCAGUCAUAGUUUUAUGGGAAAAUGUGAAUGUGUUAUUGAAAAAACAUGAGAAAAUCAUAUGUUUUUACCUCCUUAAAAGUUUUUGUUUUUAAAGGAAAUUAAACUUGAUUUCCUGAAAGAUCACAUAAUUCAUAAAUGUCUUAGAGUGAAUACAGUUUGAGUCAUGUUUUCCAGACGUUUCCACAAGCUCUUACAGAUUUAAUGACAAUGCGAAUGACAUGAGAUGUGUGUGGGAGGUGUGUGAAAGAAGAACUUUACUUGCAUGAUCAUUUUCAAAUAAUUUAUUCAUUUUUUAUGUGCUCGGAUCAUUACAAAAAGAUCAUGGAAUUAGAAUAAAAUAAACGGCAAAUUCACUUAAAUAAUGACAAACGUAAAUGAAUAGCAGCUCAGUCUUUUCAGUGUAAAAAUCACUGUUUACAGGAAUGAUCACACGAUAAUCUCUUCAGAUUUUUUUUACAAUGUAUUAAAAUGGUCAAAAUUCAUAAAUACAAUUUUCAUAUUUAAAUAACUUAAUUGUAAAAGAAAAAGAAAAACGCAUAUAGUGCAGAAAAGUCACAGUCUUGGAUUCUACUCUGACCAAUAAAUAACACUUUUCGGUAAAUAUAAAUAGGUUAAAUAAAUUGUGUAACACUGGGUAAUUCCAGCCCUGAGGCCUUGACAGUGUCAGAAACAGCACCAACACUAAGCGGGCUGUUCUCCUUUAAAACAAACAAACUUAAGCGUUAGAACAACGUAAUUUCUCUGAGGUAUUCCACCAUAACCGGCUCCUCAUUUUUACAUCGUUGAAUUGAGGCUGAUGGGUGUCUUGCUCUGUCCAGCCUUUUCCUUUUUUUUGAUCGCCCUUUUGCCUUUGAGAAGGAAGUUGCGGAGCUGGAGCAGGAUGCUGUGUGCCGUCAUCUUUCUUUGGAAAGCAUAGGGGCUGCUGAUUUCCUUCAAAAGCUGCUCCUCUUGGCUGCUGGUCAUCUCUGUGACACGUUCAGGGUGCCUCAUCUGUGAAACACAUGUCAGAAACAUGAUCACUUGACUUGUUAAGCUCCCAGCAGACAUGUUGAACUCAUGAGGGGCGCAUAGAGCAUGUGCAAUACACCUGAUUGUUUGCAAAGCAGGUGAAAAUAUGACUUACUGUGGUUAAUUCAAAAGGUAUUUGAUUCAAAAAUUAAUGUUCAGUGAAGCACCGAAACAGGAAUGUGAAUCAGUGAAGUAACUUGAAUAUUAAAAAGCCUGGAGGCUGGAAAAGA